AUGUAUCGCCCACAGGAUCAGUUUGGAUCCCGCUUUCCCCGCGACCCCUUCAUCGGUGGAAUCAACACAGCCUGGAACCCUCCACCGCAUCCCCGAGCAUGGGCACCUUCUGGCAGAUGCUCUUCAAACCCUAACCAACCUCAGCUGCCCCCUCACUUACCGUCUAGUCAUGUGACAAACAUUGGUCACCCAAGCAAACCUUAUUACCCUAUCGGCUCUCCACCUGGGCAUCGCUAUGGAAAGCUGGAGAGGGUCCAUUCGUGCGUGCAAAGCCUCCUGCGUGACGAGCAGCAGCCGCAAAUAUGGGAGCAGCUGGGUCAGAUCUAUGAGUCGGAGCAAGAAUGGGAGGAUGCUGUGCGCUGCUACCAGGCCUCCGCACGCUACCAUGGCGGUUAUGAGCUCACUACACACAUCACCCGACUCCAGCAGACGCACUUGUGGAAUGUCCACGCAGCGCCCCCCACACCACCGACCCAAAACCCUGCCGCGCUUACAGCAAGUGUGGGACCUGAUGCAGCACGAGCAAAAGAGGCAUUUUGGAGGCAAGCGUGGACUCCCACAACUAAAGAGGCCUCCUCCCCUCCUCUGAUUCACUCCAGUCACCCCCCCAUAAUCCGCACGGAGGAGAUGAGCAGCCAAUGAAACGAAGGAGGAGUGGAAGUCCUGAACAGCAAAGAAGGGGUAACCCUGGCAUGCAUUCACCUUCGGCUCCAGUGGGUUCUGGGAAUCCAUACCAUCAGCCACCCACAAAACCCAAUGUCUGGAACCCAAUAAACCAUGAGCCCUGGGGGGAGCGUAGGGAAAGGCAGGAUCCCCGACUUCCACCCCAUGUUCCCUCUUACUCCUCAUACUGCCCCCCACGUCCACCACCACCACUACACCAGCAGCCCCGUCCUCCAAGUGACCUUAGUGAGGCUCGGUGUCAGAGGUCACCUGCGGAGGUCAUUCCAGCACCACCUCCUCUCCACGUGCCUUACGACCAGAGAAGACCCCGCAUCCCACCACAUAAGACCUCUAGGACUGAUAUAUCCCCUCCCUCUGAUCGCUUUCCUAGUCCUGUGGACAACACAGCCAGAGUUUGUCCUCCUGCAGAAGAGCCGGAACCUCCAAAACCAAUUUGCCCACCACCCCUCCAAGCUCAACCCUCUUCAGCCUCUUCGCUCCAGCAGAGCUGGCUGCCAGCUACAGUCAAAGAAGAAGUGAAGAGUGGAGAUGAUUUAGAGGACAUUCUGUAUGGGGAAGGCCAUGGGACUGGCAAACAGGAGACAUACUAUCCAACCUGCGAUAACCCAGUGGGAAGCGGUGUCUUCAACCACCGAACUCAGGGCGUCACCACCAGCAAUGUCAGGCCAAGGUCUGAGGCCUACCAGGAUCCAAACUUGGAUCAUGUUCUCAAGAGCCUGCAAAAAAAUGGAUGAGUCCGGGUUGUUUGCCCCAAAGAAAGAGGAUGUGGGACAAAAAAUCAGCAAAAGCCCUCAGACCCCAGAGAUGGACAUAGAAGGCAAGCAUUUAAGCCAUGGACUCUCUAAGUCCGAGGGCAGCUAUUCAGGUGGAAAGAGGUCACCAGCUAAAGAGGACAAUGCCUCAUUCAGUUCCUCUUCAACCACCUACCACAAAGAUACCUCAGGAAACCUUCAGGUGCUAGGAUUUGCUGCUUCACCAACAGCGCCCGCUUCAAACCCAACUCCGGAGUCUUUGAGCCCAAUUCCAACUUUGUCGGAGAGGAAAGGUCGUGAGGACGAGAAGGAUCAGCCUGCUGGGUGCAGUCAGCUCUUUGACUUUCCUACCGGACAGUUAGCAGAGCCGUUUGAGGAAGCCACUGAAUUUGCAAAGAUUUUGCCUGAUGGGUUGGAUGACAUCAUGAAAAUGUUAGACGAGUCCAUUGAAAAGGAGGAAGGGAGCAGCAGAUCGAGAAGAGAGGGCUUCAUCCCUGCGGCGUCCACCCACCCACCAGCAGAGGCCAGAGCAACAACCCAGCCUAAAACUGCACCUCAGUCAAACAUUUUGACCAAUUCUGCUUCUGGUGGAAAAACAUCAGAAGGAAGGUCUGGCUAUUAUGGCCCUAAAAAAGCAAUACUGGGUCAAGAAGCUGCCAACGAGUCCAAGCCAGCUCAACACGGGGCCAGCAGUGUGCUAAAAUCGCUGGCUAGUGUUUUGGAGGGACAGAAGUAUUCCUACCGCGGUGGGCACAGCCUCAAGACUGGAGGAGGCUCAGGCUAUUUCCAUGGUGCUACUAUGGCGGGCAAGCGUAAUGUUGACCCAUACACUGCGCAAUCUACCUCACAUCGGGCCUGGGAAUCUAAGACUAGAGCAGCCCCUACCUCAGACACGUUGGGACAAGGGCUGGCAGCAGCAAGACCUGGAGUCCGCACAGAAACAGACAUUUUGGAGGACAUAGCACGAGCUUGUGAGACAUUGGUGGAAGGCACAAAAGGGUCCAUUUGUAGCCAGCCGGAGAAGGAGGAGAGAGUGGCCCAAAGACCCAACGUCAUUGUUGAGAAGAAACUUGAGAAACCUUGGGUUACAGAUAAACAGGACACUGAUUCUAAGGCUAAACCUGAAAAUAUUUGGGGUGCUGAUAAGCUAGAGGCCAGUAGCGGGAAAAAAACAGAAACCUCCUGGGUAGAGGUUGAACCAGAAAAGAAAGUAGAAAAGAAUCCUGAGCCACACUGGGCAGUGGCAAAAAAAGAGGCAAGGGAUGAGACAAAACAGCAGACCCCAAGGGGUGCUGAUAGGACUGACCGAGCAGCAAGCCACAAAGAGACAGUUGAGGGGAUGCUGAAAAAGUCUGUCAAAGUAUUUGAUAAAAAGAGUACUGCCGAUAAAACCGAAACCGUUCCAACUGCAUCAGUUGGAGCUGACGGUGCUACAAUCUCAGAGGGGGUGCCUACAGGGGUGAUAGCCAAGACUGAAACGGCUGUUGAUCGAUCUGUCCUGAGUGCAGAGCAAAAGUCACCGGAGAAACCACCUGAACUGCAAAAGCUGCAGGUUCAGGAGAGCAGUUCUGCUAAAACUCCCAGCUCACCAGUGGAGAGCGAAGGCUUCCAGUCCCCAGAAGAGUUGCCCAUGGAUGCAGCAGAGGCAGAAGAGGAGGGCGCAAAGGCAGCUGAGGUGGAGAGGCCACCAGAAAGACUAACACUGUCCCUUGUUGCACCGACCCGGAGCAAAGAUGAGGGUAGGAGAAGAGAUAGGAGGCAUCGCAAGACUAAGAGGGACAGAAGUAGACGGGCUAAAGACAGUAGGUCUCGUAAGGACAAGGAUCGGCAGGUCUUGGGUAACUUGGAUCUCCAGAGUCAGUGCAGGGACACCCCUAAAUCUUCAAAACAAGGGUCAGGCGGAGACAGGAGGAAAUCUGAGGGUGGGAGACGGGGAGUAGAAGACCAUCACCAGACUUCCUCACCUGCAGCGCCAGCAUCUGCACCAACCUCUGCUUCGCACGGUACAGCAUCCUCUGACUUGUUGAAGAUGAGACCGUUCAUGGAGGGCCCACCCAAGGAGCUGAAGAUUCGGCUGAUCAAAGUUGAAAGUGGAGACCGGGAGACCUUUAUUGCCUCAGAGGUGGAAGAGAAAAGGCUACAGGCCAGCGAUCUGACCAUCAACCAUACGGCUGCAGAGAUUAUCAAAGCUACUAAGAAUAUGGUGCUGAAAGGAAAAUACAAAGAGUCCUAUGUCCUUCCUUCCAUGUCUGUGAAAACCGCCAGUGGGAACCGAGCGCAACCUCCCCCGGGAAAAACUCAACCCACCUACACCCAGUAUCUAUUUGGAGAGUAAGAGAGAUGCAUUUUCUCCUGUGUUGCUUCAAUUCUGCACUGACCCCAAGAACCCCAUCACCGUGAUUCGAGGUCUAGCUGGAUCCCUGCGACUAAAUCUGGGCCUCUUCUCCACCAAGACUCUGGUAGACGCUAAUGGAGAACACACUGUAGAGGUCCGUACUCAGGUGCAGCAGCCGUCUGAUGAAAACUGGGACCCCUCCGGGACCCGCCAAGUCUGGCACUGCGAGAGCAGUCGCUCCCAUACCACCAUCGCCAAGUAUGCUCAGUAUCAGGCUUCAUCCUUCCAGGAAUCCUUACAGGAAGAUAAAGACAGCGAUGAUGAAUCGAAUGAGCCAGACAGCACCACAGAAAACCCACCUCCUCCCAGCACAAACCAAGAUCAAAAAAACCCCACACAUCAUUAAAUUUGGUACCAACAUUGACCUCUCCGACCCCAAAAGGUGGAAGCCGCAGUUACAGGAGCUGCUGAAGUUGCCUUCCUUUAUGCGGGUUUCGUCCAAUGCAAAUAUGUUGAGCCACGUGGGCCAUACCAUCCUGGGCAUGAACACGGUGCAGCUCUACAUGAAAGUCCCUGGCAGUCGUACACCAGGUCACCAGGAGAACAACAACUUCUGCUCGGUUAACAUCAACAUCGGCCCCGGGGACUGCGAAUGGUUCGCCGUCCAUGAGAAUUACUGGGAAAAGAUCAGCGCCUUCUGUGACAGGCACAAUGUGGAUUACCUGACCGGGUCAUGGUGGCCAGUCCUGGAAGAUCUGUACCGAACAGACAUCCCCGUCUAUCGGUUUGUGCAGCGUCCUGGAGACCUGGUCUGGAUUAAUGCUGGAACCGUGCACUGGGUGCAGGCCAUCGGGUGGUGCAACAACAUAGCCUGGAACGUGGGGCCCCUAACACCUUAUCAGUACCAGCUGGCCCUGGAGCGCUUCGAAUGGAAUGAAGUGAAGAACGUCAAGUCCAUCGUUCCUAUGAUCCACGUCUCCUGGAACGUAUCGCGAACUGUGAAGAUCACAGAUCCGGACUUGUACCGCAUGAUCAAGUACUGCCUCUUGCAGUCCAUAAAGCGGUGCCAGGUACAGAGAGACAGCCUGAUGCGCGGCGGGAAGAAGUUGGCCUAUCAGGCAAGAGUUAAGGAUGAACCAGCUUAUUACUGCAAUGAGUGUGACGUGGAGGUUUUCAACAUCCUGUUUGUCACCAGUGUGAGUGGUGGGAAAAAAAACACCUACCUGGUCCACUGUGAAGGCUGUGCCCGCCAGGUCAACAGCACCAUGAAUGGAGUGGUCAUCCUAGAGCAGUACAAAAUGGAGGAACUUAUGCAUAUUUAUGACAGCUUUCACCUG